AUGGAUCAGGGGGCAGUGUGUGCCGGAUGCCACCAGCUGAUCAGAGACCGAUUCCUGCUCAGAGUCACUGACGGCCUUUGGCACGAGGGCUGCGUGCGGUGCGCGGCGUGCGGGGACGCGCUCAAGAGCUCCUGCUUCCUGCGGGGCCGCAAACUUUACUGCAAGCGGGACUACGCUGAUCUGUUUGCAGUGCGUUGUGGGGGCUGUGCCGAGGCCAUCUCCCCCGCAGAACUGGUGAUGCGUGCGGGGUCCGCUGUGUUCCACCUGCGCUGCUUCACCUGCGGAGUUUGUUCCUGCCGCCUGCAGACCGGAGACCGCUGCGUCCUCAGAGAGGGGCAGCUGCUGUGUGCCAGAGAGGACUUUCACCGGAGCGCGGCCAGCCGGACCUCCUCCGACACAGGGAGAAGUGAUGAUGAAGAAGAGGAGGAGGAGGUGGAGGAGGAGGAGGAGGAAUCUGGCAGGGUUACAGGCAGACGAGUACGAUCCGAAGACCUGGAGAGCAAGCGUCCCAAAAGGCCACGCACUAUUCUGACAACUCAACAAAGACGGACCUUCAAAGCCUCCUUCGAGGUCUCAUCGAAGCCCUGCCGAAAGGUAAGGGAGACCUUGGCAGCAGAGACUGGUCUGAGCGUCCGGGUUGUGCAGGUCUGGUUCCAGAACCAAAGAGCCAAAAUGAAGAAGCUGGCCAGGAGACAACAGCAGCAACAGGAUCAACAGCAAACUCAGGAGCAGCGAGAGCAUCCGUCACAUCACACAGCACCCUCCUGUGGCAGUUUGACAUCUGAGCUUGAACACCUGGGGUCCUCCUAUACCCACGUUCAGCAGCAGCAGCAGCAGCAGAUGGCACUCACCACACUGGAGCCGCAGGACUACGACAUGGACCCCUUCAGACAGGGCCUGACCCCUCCUCAGAUGCCCGGGGAUCACAUGCACCCCUACGGUUUUAAGGGUCUGUACGGCGCCGUGGACACAGACCCCCUGUGUCACGUGGCUGACAGCGACUUCCUGUCCCUGGGAGACUCUUCACUCCUCACCCCUAUUGACCGCCUCUACUCCAUGCAGGACUCUUACUUCACCUCCUGAGGUUGAAGGCGUAGUCGAAGAAGUGGUUGCAAAAUCACCUCCAAGGGGACGUGGGGAAGGGGGGGGGGGGUACACACGGUGAUACCGUGCACGUGCACAUAGACAUGAUUACACGGCUGCCUCUUAUGCUUUACAAUCCCACCCGACGCCACACCUGUAUGCGCGAUGCUGUCUGACCCCUCUCACUUUGUUUGAAUGCCAGAUUAUGAUACUAUUACUGCAUCUACUAAUGUAAAUAAUUUGUUUGGGUGUGUAUUUAUUCUCACAAUGUGUGUAUGCUGUCCGCCUUGAAUGAAUCGGCAAGGAACA